AUGCCAGCAAGGAGAAGUGCAAGACUCAAGGCCAAGGCUGACGAACCUGUCCCUUCUGAGAAGCAGAUCCAGGAACCCAAGAAAACACCCAAGCGCAAAGCUCCAAGUUCGAACGAUGACAACCCUAUCAAAAAAGCACCCAAGACCAAAUCGACGGAUAGGACAGCCGACUUCAAGUCUCCUGGCAGACAUUCAAAGCUAAAAGCCACAGCUAAAACGAGCAAGACCGGCAAGCCAUCCGUCCAGACAUCAGUCACCAACUCCAGUGGCUCAUUUUCACCAUUCCCUCCCGAAAUCUUGAAUCUGGUCAUAGCAAAGAUCGAAGACACAAAGUCUCUGGGAAAUCUGAGUAAAACCGGUAAGGCUUUUCAUAGCCUCGUCAUACCUCAACUCUACAAGAGAGUUCAGGGCUUUGUAACUUAUCAUGCUCAUAUUGCCAAGCUCAUCCGUACGAUUGAGCCACUACUCACGAUCGAGCAGCGGAAGCAGCUAAAGAAGGAAGGCCAGUACAAAGGCCAACAGGAGAGUUUCCCCGACAAGGCGGAUGGCAAGAAGAAACCCGAAAUUGCAGAUUUUGUUCGACAGGCCAUGUUGGACAUCAUCAGUCCAGGUAAGAAGCACGGCUAUAUUGUUUAUCGCUACGCGGAAGAACUGUUGAAGAGUAUAAACAAUCUGGAGGUUUUUGCAGCCACGAGUCUUUCAGAACCAAUGGCAAGACUGCUGGCAGCCAUGGAGAACCUUCAGGCUCUUUGGCUCCAUAUCUCCGAUCAUCAAAACCCAGAGGCUGAGGCACUGGCUUCAAUCAAAGGCUUGAAGCACCUACACUUGUAUGCAUAUAACUUUGUUGGCACCGGUAUCCCUCCCUUGUCUUUGAUCUGGAACUCGCGUUCCACGUUGCGGAGUUUACACCUCAACAGCUCGCCUUUCAAAUUCCUAUAUAAAGAGGUGAAAGACACGUCGAGUAGCACAACUGGCUCCUCGAAUCCACAAUAUGACCUGAGCGCCUUGAAGUCACUUUCAAUCAAGGGUGCAUCAAUUGAUCCAGAUGAAGUUGAUUGUAUUACCAGGGCCAUUGACUUUACCAAGUUGGAGAAUCUCAACGUUGGCUAUAAGAAUGUCAAAAUUGAGUUGCUCUUUAAGCGUCUAAUCGAGAUAUUUUCUGCCGCAAGCAGUACUGAUAUCAAACUUCGGAGUCUCUCUGUGCAUCUCGGUACCCAAGGCAAUUCUAACUUGACUAGGAUGGUAGCAUAUCCGGAAGAAGAGGACCACGGCAUCGAAUUUAUUUCGUCUUUCAGCAGUUUGACAAGUCUCACUAUUGUUGAUGCCGGUAUUCAUUCUUCGGAUCAGCCCAACCCGGGAUUGAAAGACACGCUUUUGCGAGGUAUUCUUAUGCAUACAAAUCUGGCUAAAAUAGAAUUCGGAGAUUCAAUCUCUCUCACUGGCUGGAAGAUGCCAUGUUUGGAUACCCAGAUGGUGAAACGUUUCAUUGAAAACUUUCCUCAACUGAAGCACUUUCAUUUCUAUGCCCAGGAAAAUCAGUUUAACGAGAUUGCAGAGGCCCUUUCACGAGGCCGCAAUCUGGAGUCAAUAUUGAUAAAUAGAGGCGGGAGGUUUAAAUACGAAGAAACAGGUCCUGAAUUUCUUCGCCACCUAACCCACCCAAUCCUGGAGCGUGUCUCGGAUGACAAGACGAGAGACUACAAGUGGGAAGAUCACAGCAAGUUCAGUCGAUUGACAAUGGGCAUCUCGGUAUGGGAAGUUGGUUCGAAACUAGGAAAGUCCAAGAAGGGAAUGAAGAAAGCUGAGAAAAUCAGUUCUGCAUCGAAUCCGAAGAGGAGCGUGAUGUAUCGAGAUAUCACACGCCAUGAGUGUCUGUGGCUAAGAGGAACUAUGAACGAAAUGGAGGAGUGGGUGGACAAAGUUGCCAAGGACCUUGAUUGA